UGGAGACACCUGGAGCAAGACGGACGCCAGAGGUCACAUGCUGCAGUGUCUGUGUACGGGGAACGGGCGUGGCGAAUGGAAGUGUGAGAGACACGCCUCCCUCCAUACUACCGGACUGGGCACGGGGUCCCGUGUGAUCACUAACAUCCAGCCGGCUGUGUAUCAGCCCCACCCCCUUCCCCAGCCCGGCCUGGAGCCUCACCCCGGUCUAGCCCAGGAAGGGGCCUGCCAGAUGGACGCGGGGGUGGCCUACGCCCUGGGGAUGAGGUGGAUCAAGACCCAGGGAAGCAAACAGAUGCUGUGUACCUGCCUGGGCAACGGGGUCAGCUGUGAGGAGUGGGAGGGCCCAGCCCCAGUGUACGGUGGGAACUCCAAUGGUCAGCCCUGUGUGUUCCCCUUCACCUUCAUGGGGAAGACACACCACUCCUGUACCUCAGAGGGCCGCCCAGAUGGGCAGCUGUGGUGCUGCAUUUCUUCUGACUGCGAGACAGAACAGAAAUUCUCCUUCUGUACCAAGAAGAAUGUGAUGGUGACAACCAGAGGAGGAAACUCUAACGGUGCUCUGUGUCAGUUCCCCUUCCUCUACAACGGGAGAAACUACACGGACUGUACCGCGGACGGGCGCCGGGACGGCAUGAAGUGGUGUGGAACCACCACCAACUAUGACGGCGAACAGAGGUUUGGCUUCUGCCCCAUGGCUGCUCACGAGGAGGUGUGUACGACCAGCGAGGGUGUGAUGUACCGUGUGGGAGACCAGUGGGAUAAACGCCACGACGUCCUGGGACACAUGAUGCGCUGUACCUGCGUUGGGAACGGUCGUGGAGAGUGGAGCUGUAUCGCUUACUCCCAGCUCAAAGAUCAGUGUAUUGUGGACGGGGCGACCCAUGAGGUGAAUCAGACCUUCACUAAACUUCAUGAAGAGGGCUACAUGAUGAACUGUACCUGUUUCGGACAGGGCCGAGGGCGCUGGAAGUGUGACGCCAUUGACCAGUGCCAGGAGCCAGAGACCAGGGUGUUCUAUCAGAUCGGCCAAUCAUGGGACAAGCUGAUCCACAGCGUCAUGUACAAGUGUUAUUGCUAUGGCAACGGUAUCGGCGAGCUCAGCUGUGAGCCCCAACAGUCUUUCCCAGGUGGUAACCGUCCAGUCCAGGUGAUCAUCUCAGAGUCUGGUAACCAGCCCAACUCCCACCCCAUCCAGUGGAACGCCCCGUCCUCCGCACACAUCACACAGUACAUACUCAAGUGGAGAGUGAAAAACACCCGUACCCCUUGGCGGGAGGUGAAUAUCCCAGGCCAUCUCAACUCCUACACCAUCGCUGGCCUGAAGCCAGGCAUCACCUACGAGGGUCAGCUGAUCAGUGUGCUACGCUUCGGACGGCGCGAGGUCACACGCUUCGACUUCACCACCACAUACGGUUCCUUGGCGACCUCCGAGGGAGAGACCACCCAGCCUCCUCCGGUGGUGGACAUCAGUGAGUCUGUUACAGAGAUCACCUCCAGCAGCUUCGUCAUCUCCUGGAUGUCUGCCUCUGACACAGUGUCUGGCUUCAGGAUCGAGUACGAGCUCAGUGAGGAGGGACAAGGGAGAGGACAGCCCAUGAUUCUCGACCUCCCCCGCACCGCGACCUCUGUCAACAUUAAUGAGCUGCUUCCUGGAAGGAAAUACACUGUGAAUGUGUACGAGGUUACACCUACUGGAGAGCCCAACCUCAUCCUCACCACCUCUCAGACCACUGCUCCUGACGCUCCUUCUGACCACGAGGUGGAUGAGGUUGGAGAGACCUCUAUCAUAGUCAGCUGGGAGAAACCCCUGGCUCCUAUCACAGGGUACCGUGUGAUCUACACCCCGUCUGUGGAGGGGAGCAACAACGGAGCUGCAACAGAGCUCACCCUGCCGGACACCGCGACCUCUGUGACUUUGAGUGACCUUCGACCAGGCCUGCUCUACAACAUUAGUAUCUACGCAGUCGAGGACAGUCUGGAGAGUGAGCCUGUCUUCGUACAGGUCAACACAGCCGGAGAACCCUUACCAGAGGAAGUCCCGCCUCCUACAGACCUGCAGUUCUUUGAGGUGUCUGACGUGAAGAUCACCAUCACCUGGACGGGGCCGCCUACUGACGUGUCUGGGUACAGAGUGACUGUGGCCCCCGUCGGUCCCGACGGGACCCCUCAGAGAGAGCUCCAGCUCCCCGUCACACACAACGCCUAUGCAGAGGUCACCCACCUGACCCCGGGGACUCCGUAUCUCUUCAGCAUCUACACCAUCAAGGGAGGAGAGGAGAGCCAGCCAUUGGUCGCAGAGCAGGCUACCAAGCCUGAUUCCCCCACUGGUGUCCAUUUCACCAACGUGACUGAGGACAGUGCUCUGAUCACGUGGGUGGCCCCUCGGGCCCGCAUCACCGGAUACCGUCUGUUCCUGACCCUGGAGGGGUCCAACCCUAAACAGCUCCGCCUGCCCGCCCGCCUGUCUCAGUACACCCUGCUCAACCUCCGCCCAGACACGGAGUACACAGCCAUUCUGCAUUCUGAACAGGACAAUACGCUCAGUGAGGGAGCCUCCAGGAGCUUCUCCACCACUCAGUUAAUGGGGAACGCCCCUCGCUUCAGUACCGAUGUCACAGACACCUCCAUCAUCAUCUCCUGGACACCCGUACCCCGAGUGGGAUACAAGUUGACGGUGAGGCCCAGUCAGGGAGGUGAGGCCCCCAGAGAUGUGACCUCUAAUUCGGGCAGCAUUUAUAUCUCAGGUCUGACCCCUGGGGUUGAGUACACCUACAGCGUCCAGCCAAUCGUCAACGGAUAUGAGCAGGGCAACCCAAUCACACGCCGCAUAGUCACACCUCUGUCUCCUCCUACUGACCUCAAACUGGAGUCCCACCCUGACAGCGGAGAGCUGACUGUCCAGUGGAACGAAGCCAGCACCCCAGACAUCACCGGCUACAGAGUGACAUGCACGCCGACCAACGGGCAGCGAGGAAACAGCCUGGAGGAGUUUGUGAAGGCGGGUGAGACUUCGUGCACGCUGGAGAACCUCAGCCCUGGCGUGGAGUACAACGUCAGCGUCUUCACCGUUAAAGACCACAUGGAGAGCGUUCCUGUCUCCGACACCGUUACUCAAGACGUGCCCCAGCUAACAGACCUCAACUUCGUCGACGUCACCGACACGACCAUCGGCCUGAAGUGGAACCCACUAAACUACACGGCGGUCACCGGCUACCGUAUCACGGUAAUGGCAGCCGGGGAGAGCGUGCCCAUAUUCGAGGACAUGGUGGAGUCUACCACUGGGUACUACACCGUGUACGGACUGGAGCCCGGCAUCGACUAUGACAUCUCAGUCAUCACCGUGACAGAGAGUGGAGAGAGCGAGCCUACCACACUCACGCAACAAACUGCCGUUCCUGCCCCUACUAACCUGGAUUUCCCCGAGGUGGGUCCUGACAGUAUGCGGGUGACCUGGACAGCUCCUGUGGUUCCUAACCCCGCUGACAUCAGCAGCUUCGUUAUUCGCUACCACCCCAUCGAUGACGAGGAUGACAUCACAGAGAGCAGCGUCGGAAGGAACGCCGACACUGUGGUUCUUAAGAAUCUGAUUUCCAACACAGAGUACCUGGUCAGUGUGGUGUGUGUCUAUGAAACGAGGGAGAGCUCCCCUCUGGUCGGCACCCACAAAACAACUCUGGACUCCCCCAGCGGUCUGCGGUUCUCAGAAGUCCUGACCAACUCCUUCACGGUGCACUGGCAGGCCCCCAACGCCAUCAUCACUGGCUACCGGAUUCGUUACCAGAUGACCAGUGGCGGGCGGGCCAAGGACGAGAGGCUGCCGCCAUCCAGGAACCACUUCACCCUGACCGGGCUGACCCCCGAGACGGAAUACAUCGUCAACAUCUAUGCUGUCAGCGGCCAGCAAGACAGCAAGCCGCUCACCGGCAAACAGAAAACCAUCUCUGAUGCUCCUACUGACCUGGAGGUCGUGUCCUCCUCCCCCACCAGCGUCACAGUCCGCUGGGACGCCCCCUCUGUUACCGUGAGGUACUACAGGAUCACCCAUGGAGAGUCAGGUCUGUCCGGUGGCCACAGCACCCCUAAAGAGUUCACUGUGCCUGGUUCCCAGUCUACUGCCACCAUCCAGAACCUGAGGCCUGGUACUGACUACACCAUCACAGUCUACGCUGUGACCGGCAGAGGGGACAGCCCAGCCUCCAGCACACCCAUUUAUGUCACCCACAAGACAGAUAUUGAUUCUCCUUUGGAGAUGAAGGUGACCGACGUUAAGGACAGCACCAUCACCGUGAGGUGGUCCCCGGCCCAGGGGCCCGUCCAGGGGUACAGGAUCACUGGGGUCCCCAAGAACGGACAGGGUCCCUCCUUCUCUGAGACUGUGGCUCCAGAUCAGACUGAGAUGACCUUCUCUGGCCUGCAGCCCACGGUAGAGUACAUCCUCAGUGUGUAUGCUCUGGGACAGGACGGAGAGAGCCCUCCCCUGGUUGAGACGGCUGUCACUGCGGUGGGUCGCCCCACAGACCUGACCUUCUCUAACGUUGACUCUACCUCCAUGACCAUUUCCUGGGACUCGCCCGACGGCCGGGUGACGUCGUACCGCGUCCUGUACGCCAGCCCCGAAGAGGGCGAGAGGGAGCUGCGCCCCGCACCCCGCGGAGACGAUGAAUCGGCAACGAUCCACGGCCUACGACCCGGAAGUGAAUAUACUGUGAAGGUCAUCGCCAUGCACGACCGUACACCUAGUCCUCCACUGGUGGGCGUUCAGGCCACAGCCAUCCCUGCCCCCACCAACCUUGAAUUCUCCCAGAUCACCUCCUCCUCCUUCACCAUCAAAUGGCGUACCAUGCCCAAUGCCCGUCUGACCGGGUACCGGGUGGUCGUCAACCCCAAGAACAAGAGCGGUCCCACCAAGGAGAUGAAUGUUGCUCCUGACACCACACAGGUCCACGUGCCGGGACUCAUGGUUUCCACUAUGUAUGAGGUGCACAUUUACGCCCUGAAGAACUCUCUGACGAGCCGCCCAGUUCAAGGAGAGGUCACAACUCUGGACAACAUCAGUCCUCCGCGUCGCGUGCGUAUCUCUGACGCAAAGGACUCCUCCAUCACCCUGACCUGGAGAUCCAAGACCGAGACCAUCUCUGGCUUCCUGGUUGAGGCCACGCCCACCACCGGAGGCCACACCCCCAUCCAGAGGACCAUCGCCCCUGAUUCCCGCACCUACACCAUCCAAGGUCUUCAGCCUGGCUCUACCUACAAGAUCAACAUAUACACUCUGAACGGCAACGGCCGCAGUGCUCCCUUCACCCUCACUGCCACCACAGCUAAGCCUAUGGUGUCUCCCCCCACCAACAUCCGGUUCACCUCUCUGACCCCUAGCAGCAUCUCCUUUACCUGGGAGGGGUCCCGUAGUGCCGGGGUCACCGGGUAUUACGUCACCUACGAGGAGGCGGGGGGCAUCCCCCGGGAACUCACCCCGCGGCCCACCGCUUCCCGCAGCCAAGCCAUCAUCACUGGUCUGAAACCAGGAACUGAAUACGUCAUCAAGAUUGUCACCCUGCAGAAUGCUCUGAGAAGCACUCCUCUAGUGGGCAAGGCUAGAACUCAACUGGCAUCCCAGCUCCCUGUGUCCCACCGGCCCAGCCCCGAUAUCCUGGAUGUGCCCGAGGACGAGGUUAACCCCAACUUCCCCACCGACCUCGACUUUAACCCCAGCAACCCUAGUUUCAACGCCAACCCCAAUGGAAACCCCAACUACCCCCCCAACACCAACCCUAACCCCAACUUUCCCCUCAACCCAAACGGCAACCCCGACCAGUUCAACCCCAAUGGUAACCCCAACUUCCACGUGAAUCCCAAUCCUAACUUCCACUUCAACCCCAAUGGGAACCCCAACACCAACCCCAAUGGGAACCCCAACACCAACCCCAAUGGAAAUUUCAACGUUAACCCCAACCAGUUCAACCCUAACACCAACCCCAACACCAAUCCUAACCCCAACUUUCCCCUCAACCCCAACCCCAAUCCUAACCCCAAUUUUCCCCUCAACCCCAACACCAACCCUAAUGGGAACCCCAACCAGUUUAACCCCAAUGGUAACCCCAACUUCCACGUGAACCCCAACCCUAACUUUAACUUUAACCCCAAUGAGAAUCCCAACACCAACCCCAAUGGGAACUUCAACGUGAACCCCAACAGCCCCCUCAACCCUAAUGGCAACCCCAACCAGUUCAACCCUAACAGCAACCCCAAUCCUAACCCUAACUUUCCCCUCAACCCCAACAGCGAUGCCAACACAAACCCCAACUUCUAUGGCAGCGCCAAUCAUAACCCCAUUUUUAACACCAACCCUAACUUUAACCCCAAUCCCAACCUCCCCCUCAACCCUAGCGGGAACCCCAACCCUAAUGGCAACCCCAACUAUAACGUCAAUGUGAACCCCAACCUUCCCCUCAACCCCAACUUGAACCCCAACCCCAACUUGAACCCCAACCCCAACUUGAACCCCAACCCCAACUUGAACCCUAACCCCAACCCCAACUUGAACCCUAACCCCAACCCCAACUUGAACCCUAACCCCAACUUCAACACCAACCCUAACCCCAACUUCAACACCAACCCUAACCCCAACUUCAACACCAACCCUAACCCCAACUUCAACACCAACCCUAACCCCAACUUCAACACCAACCCUAACCCCAACUUCAACCCUAACCCCAACUUCAACACCAACCCUAACCCCAACUUCAACACUAACCCCAACUUCAACAUCAACCCUAACCCCAACUUCAACACCAACCCUAACCCCAACUUUAACACCAACCCUAACCCCAACCCUAACGGGAACACCAACACCAACCCUAACGGGAACCCCAACCCCAACUUCAACCCUGACGGGACCCCCAACUUCAACCCUAACCCCAAUGGGAAUACCAAACCUAACCCCAACUUCAACACCAACCCUAACCCCAACGUUAACACCAACCCUAACCCCAACCCUAACGGGAACACCAACACCAACCCUAACGGGAACCCCAACCCCAACUUCAACCCUGACGGGACCCCCAACCCCAACUUCAACCCUGAUGGGACCCCCAACUUCAACCCUAACCCCAAUGGGAAUACCAAACCUAACCCCAACUUUCCCCUCAACCCCAACGGGAACCCCAACUUUCCCCUCAACCCCAACUUGAACCCCAACCACGUCCAGCUGGUGGGGACUAACGGCCAGGACACGCUAGGCCAGCAGGGCCAGCACAUCUACACAGAGUACCAGAGCCUGGGCCCCAACCCCAACGGCAGGGACAACCAGGGUCCAGCCAUCCACCACCGUGAACCCCUAGUCUACAUCCCCGUCCCAGGCCCCGAUGGCCAGAGAGUGCCCCUGGUCCGGGUGAGCGAGGGUCCAUUAUCGGGUCUUCUGUUUGGGUUCCCUGAGAAUGAGACCGGGUUUGGGGUGCCGCAGGAGGCCCAGACACGCACAACCAUCUCAUGGCAGGGUGUUCCUCAGAGCUCAGAGUACAUGGUAUCCUGUAGCCCCAUCACCAACCUCGAAGAGAAGAUGUUCCAGAUGAGAUUACCAGGCACUUCUACCAGUGCCACUCUGAUCGGGUUGACAUCAGGAGCCUCCUAUAACGUCGUUGUGGAGGCCAUGAGAGGGCAGGGCCGAGAGAAGGUCCUGGAGGAGAUAGUCACCGCUGGCAACGCUGUUCCAGGAGACCACCUCCCCUCCAACAGAGAUGUGUGUUAUGACACGUUCACAGCCACCUACCAUGACGUGGGUGUAGAGUGGGAGCGUAUGUCAGAGACGGGCUUUAAGCUGUGGUGCAGGUGUCUGGGGCUGGGCAGUGGCCAUUUCAGAUGUGAUUCAUCCAAGUGGUGUCAUGACAGCGGGAACAACUACCGCAUAGGAGAGAAGUGGGAUCGCCACGCUGAGAACGGUCACAUGAUGAGCUGUACUUGUUUGGGCAACGGGAAGGGAGAGUUCAAGUGCGAGCCACAUGAGUCGACGUGUUACGACGAGGGGAAGAUGUACCAGGUGGGCAACCAGUGGCAGAAGGAAUACCUGGGAGCUAUCUGUACCUGCACCUGUUACGGAGGACAGCAGGGCUGGCGCUGCGAGAACUGCAGAAGACCGGGAGCUCAGACUGAGGUAGAUGUGGAUCUGCUACAGCCUCAAAUACACCAAGACGCAUUCGACCGCUAUAGGGAGAACGCCUUGAAGAAACUGAACAUCCAGUGUCCUAUAGAGUGUCUGAGACCAGAGCUCCUAGCAGAUGUACAGCAACCCUCAGAGUAAAGAAGGAGAGGAGAUCCUCCUCCUCCUCAGACUCCACUCACAUUACAGGGCCUUCAGAAAGUCGUCCUAUCCCUGGACUUAUUCAACAACUUGUUGUUACAGCCUGAAUUCAAAAUGGAUUAAAUAGAUUUUUUUAAUGAAAGUGAAAAUGUUUUUAGAAAUUUUUAGCAAAUAUAUAUAUAUAUUGAAAAUGAAAUGCAUAAAUAUCUAAUUUACUUAUGUAUUCACAUCCCUGAGUCAAUCUCUAAGAGCUUUGCACACCUGGAUUGUACAAUAUUUGGCCAUUAAUUUUUUUUUUUUAAAUUGUUCAAGCUCUGUCAAGUUGGUUGUAGAUCAUUGCUAGACAGCCAUUUUCAAGUAUUGCCAUAGAUUUUCAAGCUGAUUUCUAAAUCCAAACUGUAACAAGGCCACUCAGGAAUAUUCAUUGUCUUCAUGGUAAGCAACUCCAGUGUAGAUUUGGCCUUGUGUUUUUAGGUUAUUGUUCUGGUGAAAUCCCUGAGUGGUUUCCUUCCUCUCCGGCAACUGAGUUAGGAAGGACGCCUGUAUCUUUGUAGUGACUGGGUGUAUAGAUGCACCAUCCAAAGUGUAAUUAAUAACUUCACCAUGCUCAAAGGGAUAUUCAAUGUCUGCUACCAAUAGGUGCCCUUCUUUGCGAGGCAUUGGAAAACCUCCCUUGUCUUUGUGGUUGAAUCGGUGCUUGAAAUUCACUACUCGAUUGAGUGACCUCACAGACACUUGUGUGGGGUAAAGAGAUAAGAUGGUCAUUAAAAACAAAAGGUUAAACAACUUAUUA